AUGGACAAGUAUAGAUGUUUUGUGGUCAGGUUCGGCUACCUCAAGCUGGCUCCCAUGGUACAAGCGGAAACUCAAACAUCAACCGAAAGAGGGAGGAUUUUGGAUCUCCCUGAAGGAAUGAUAUCCGCUCCAAUUUCACUGCACUGGCUUUGGACGUUACCACCGGAAGGAGAAUUUCAAGGGAAUAAGCAGGACAGGCAGGAGAAGCUUGCGUUCGUCAAAGAGAAGUCGCGUGAAAUGUGCCACGAAUGGUUCAACGAGGAUGGAGCACUGUCAAAUUUCAUCCGCGAGACAGAGACGAAUUCCAGCUGUCCAUGCAAGGAGGAGCAGGCAAAAAUGGAUCUUGGGCGAUUCAUGCCUCAUCCUAGAUGCAGUGCGCUCUUCCGUGACGUCUCCUGUACGGAAACACUCGGUUCCAUGAACUGCUACAUGUCGGCGCAGAAUGUACGCGGUUCGACGUAUCGCAUGAACUACGAAGGCCGUGAGCAGGAGAAGACCUGUUGCUACGAUGCGCAAGGCUUCCUCAUGCAAUCUACUUAUCAACCUGUCGUGAAGGUUCCCGGUCUGUCAACAUUCCACCACGACAUAAUGCCAUACUACCUAUGCUGUAAAUUUGCCGAUUUCCGCUGCCAGCUGUUCUACUGGAGACGGCCAUCCAGUGCUUGUCAAGCUUACGAACCCGCCGUCAGUGGUUCAAUCCUCGGUGCUGGUAUCGUGUCGACGUUGAACAAUCGGAAUUUCAUCUUCAACGAGCCAGGCAUCUUCACACUUUUGCACUCGCAUAGAACAAGCUCCACGCCUGAAGUGCAGAUUCAAGUACGCAUGGAGCGAUUCCCAGAUCGAAGUGUCGAUUUUGGUGCUCUGAACAUCGCUCAGCGGGAUCUCGUACAGCCGACAAAUGCCACCGUCAUCACCGGAGUUGUGCUUUCAUCGGAGUCGGCUGACAGAGUGCAUAUCGUAUUGCGCAAGGACACCUACAGACAGCGCUACAAGACGUCGAUUAUUGUUGGAAACGUGGUACGGUACUUCGACAAUAUGCCCACAAGUUCAACGGGAGUAACUGUUUACGUGAAUAACGUAGAGAAGGGCCAGUCGGAAAUCUACGUGGUGCUGGACGAGGCACAGAUUGGACUUCGAGUGAGAGAGUCGUACGCGAUUGAUAUUGACAGAAAGUUCAACUACAUGGAAAGCCUUGGUCUACUGGAUGUACAGAUAUCGGUUCCACCUCAGUACAAAGUCCUUAGUAGCCCGUCAAUGACCCGACUGAUCAACCCGUUCCCAGAGGAGCCGUUCCAGCAACAAUAUUCUCAGCUUACAUGGACCAGCGUCAAUGACCAAAGCAUACGAGGGCAACUUAUGAAGUGUAAGUUGCGGCAUGUGUUGGAAAAUGAAGAAAGCGUAGAGCAAUUUCCAGCAAAAACUCGGUAG